GUCUUUCAUAUUUUUAAAGUCAAGAUGGCUCGAGGACCUAAAAAGCAUUUGAAGCGUUUAAACGCACCCAAAGCAUGGAUGUUGGACAAAUUGGGUGGUGUGUUCGCUCCCCGUCCAUCCACCGGUCCUCACAAGUUGAGAGAAUCUUUACCAUUAGUAAUUUUCUUAAGAAACAGGCUAAAGUAUGCCCUCACCAACAGUGAAGUUACAAAAAUUGUUAUGCAAAGAUUAAUUAAAGUCGAUGGAAAAGUCAGAACAGACAGUAACUACCCAGCAGGAUUUAUGGAUGUUAUUACUAUUGAGAAGACUGGUGAAUUCUUCCGUCUUAUCUAUGAUGUUAAAGGUAGAUUUGCCAUUCACCGUAUUACUGCUGAAGAAGCAAAAUACAAACUCUGCAAAGUACGAAAAGUCCAAACUGGACCAAAAGGAAUUCCAUUCUUGGUGACACAUGAUGGCCGUACCAUCAGAUACCCUGACCCAAACAUCAAAGUCAAUGACACCAUCCAAUUGGAAAUUGCCACAUCUAAAAUUCUAGAUUACAUUAAGUUCGAAUCACAAAAUUUGUGUAUGAUCACUGGAGGUAGAAAUUUAGGUCGUGUAGGUACAGUUAUCAAUAGGGAACGUCAUCCUGGUUCCUUUGAUAUUGUACAUGUUAAAGAUGCUAAUGGUCAUGUAUUUGCGACUAGGUUAAAUAACGUUUUCAUUAUUGGUAAAGGAGCUAAGGCCUUUGUUUCCCUCCCAAGAGGAAAGGGAGUCAAAUUGUCUAUUGCUGAAGAGAGAGACAAGAGGUUAGCAGCCAAAACACAUUAAAUGUAAUGGUUGAUUACAUUAUUUUCAAUAAAACUU